CUGCUUAUAAAUAAAGAGAUAUGAUUUUCAUUUCUUUACAGGAGAGACAGGAAAGGCAAUAGCUGGUCGAUAUCAAAACGUCUUGCAUCAUAAUCGAGACACUGUGUAUCAGAGGCAUCUAAGCUUUUUUCAUGCACCAUCCUUAGCAGUGGCACAAACCAUGGUUCACUAUUAUCCACCAGGGCAUGAUAGGCAAAGCAAAUUUCUCUAUUCUUUCAUUAAAGCAAACGGAAUAAGCGAACCAAGCACAGUUUCUACUGGCAACUAUGUCAUCAAAUCCAAGUAUUGGCCUGCUUAUUAUUUGCGGAGAAGUUUAACUUAUGAUCGUCCUUCACCAGAAGUUUUAUAUUCCGUGAGUUAUAAUUCAGACACUCCUACAACAAAAGACAAGAUUCUUCUAACAAAAAAACACAACGGUUAUUACAGCUUUAAAUUCGUUGAUCCGCGAUUCAGCAUAUAUGCAAAUUAUAGGUAUGCGACUUACAACAGCAGGGACAAACUUUUCGUAUAUGUCAAGGUUGCUGAAAAUCCUCCUUCAACUCAUGGAGAUUUUGUCAUCAUCAAAUACGCGGACCCAAAAGGUACAGUCGUCACAAUAGCAGAGAAGCGUUCAGCGACGAAAUUGUGGAAUGGUGAAUCAAACAAGUGGGCUGUAUAUCCAACAGAAAUAGAUGAAAAGAAUAAGAAUAAGGCGCCGUUUAUACUGCUGAAUUGUAAUACAUCUGAAGGGUCAGAAUGUCCAGAUUGGAAUUAAAAAUGCAGAUGUACAAAACCUAAAAAAAUGUCAGAAUGAAUACAGUCGGUUUGUAAACCAUAAUUAGCCAGUGAUAAUGUUAAAGCUCAUAUUAAAAGUGUCUUUAAAUGCGAUUGUUUUUAGUCUAACUCCCGUAAACGCCACUAAACACCAUCUGAAAAAUUACUUUAUUAGCACUACAUCUGUUCAUUGGCAUAAUGUUCAGUUAAACACAUGUAACGCAACGUUUGAGG